UGUACAACAGCAUCAUCAUACUUAUCAUUCAUUGUAUGCAACAGUAUUUAACAUUGAAACAAGUUUAGAAUAAGCCCAUGUUCGCCUGUUAUCCGUCUCCUAUAAUCAUCUUCUGAGCAAUGACCAACACAUGGAGUAACUCUGGACCACUGAUGUGGCUUUGUCCCUUUGUCUGUUUCAUUGAACAUUUCACACCAGAGGCUAAAUCCUGGAAUGUGAUUUCCAGCAAAUGAGGAAUAUCAUUGGAUGCCACGUGACCGAGUGAUGUCAGUGGGUGAGAGAGAAAAAUGAGAGCAGGAGAGAGAGCAAGGUGCAAUCCAUCCCUACAGCUGAUCAGUGCAGCGCUCAGAGAGAUGCUGAGACGACCAGACACACACAUUCUCACAUGCACUCUUCCUCUGUUGCUGCUUGUGAACACACAUAUAUGCCUUGCAUACACACAUCCACUUGGCACCCACCAGGCAGAUCUCAUAUCGGCUCUGAGUCAGUUCACAGAAGGAAAGGGCACAUCUUCUGACAGCAUAAGCUUCAACAAAGUGUUUUCUUCUGCAUUUUGGACGUGGAAAGAGGGAGGCUCGAACCCCAGAAAUCUGACCAAAGCCAACUAAAAGAAAGAAGAAAAGAAACUUCAGGAAGACAAAAGAAGACAAUGUCCUUCCUGUCUGGAACUCCCUGGCAGCAGCCUGGCAUUUUGAAUUGUAGUAGUGGAUAUGGACAAACCUCAAGUGAGAAACAGGAGCAUCAACAACAGCUACCAAAACAGUCCACCGUUGCUGCAGUCAUGGGCACCUCUCCGCAUCACCAUCCAGCCUCUCCAUGGACUUCACAUAGCUCAACCCAGAUGGUGCCAGUUGGAAAUGUUACCGCUGAUUCCCACGGUGAGCUUCAACUAAAUCUGACCGAAGAGAAGAUGAAGCUGGGACACAGCGACAAUAAAGGGAGUAAGUCUGCAACGUUGGCUGAGUUAACAGGAAGCCAAAACUUAAAGGCUCCAGGUUUGAUCAAAGGAGAUGAUAGGUCAAUAGGGGGCACUUUUAGAGGAGAGGGACACUUGGUACAGAGCGCAGUGGGGUUACACGGGCAUCCAGGUCAAAGCCCUACUGGUUCGAACUCUUCUUUGUCGCUCUCCCCUUCCAUCUCAGUUGAGACUGCUUCGUCAGAUAUUAAGCUCAUGCCCAACAUCAAAUGUGGCUUAAAAGGUGAACAUAUGGAUGGCACAGAUACUGGCGCUUCUCAUGACGUUUUCCUAAGCAACGCUAAGCUUCUUAUGACAGAAAAUACAUCCCGUUGUGAGGGGGAUAACAUUUUAAACCGCUCUCUCACUGGAAAUACCAUUGCUGGUCCAGGAAAGAUUGAAGAGGCAACGACUUCUGCUUUUUCAUCUCAUGAUAUUUUGGAGGGUCUUGAAGGACGUUCACUUGCUUUUGUUACUGGAGUGGCAACUAUGCAGUCAGGACAGCAAAGACCAGCCACACAAACAUCUGGCACAGUGACAGUGGAACCACCUUCUGAAGUCGGACUAACACCACGCCCGAUCUCCAGUGUUGAGAAGGAGCUGAUAGACUCACAACCUCGCACAGGCAAAACAGAGCAAGAUGGCAGAGUACGUGCAACAUCAGAAGAUGCAAGUGCGGUUGACGGUGGAAAAAUUGAGAUGUUUUCAUCGCUAAACAAAGAAACAAAUGAUUGCCAGCCCCCACAACGGAGUGCUGUAAGGCGAGCAAUGUCCGACUGUUCACGUCUCUCUGUUCCAAUACUGGGUGCAGAAACCUACCCCAUUGGAGUCCCAGCAGCAAUGACGCAAGAGCAGACCAGGACAUCUCCUGCUGCCAGGGUUCCCUACCCACACAUGGCUGUGAGACGCUCGCUUACAGUAUCCGAUAGCACGCAAUCUGCGUCAACAAUGACAAACAUGCUAGCAUCUCCGUUAAUGAUUUCAUCUGUUUUGCCGGCCUCGCCACCUCCUAAAAGGCACCAAGGGAGUUGUGAAACCAAUGUUUUACUUCCUGUACCAACCCCAAUCGGAGCUCACAUGACCACCACUGAGGAUUCUGCCCUCAGCGUUACUGCAAAACCUGACAACAAGCAAGAGAAAAUUGACAUCAUGUCCAACAAAACUGAGAAGAUGGAUGCCCUGGACAAAAAAGUGGAGCUACAGAAGAAAGACGCCACACCAGACAAGAACCUGAAGUCCGAGAGCAUUCUCAAAGACGAGGGGAUGGACAAGAUGAACGUGGAGAAAAAUAACAAGGCAAUGGAGAAGGCAGAGAAGGUGGACAAGCCUGAGAAAACCAACAAAGAUGAGAAGAAGGAAGAGGAGAAGAAGGUAGCCGAGAAGAAGGAGAAACCACCAGCUAAGUCUCCGACUGGUAGUGGAAGCAAGACUCUGCCGAGCCCUGACAGCAAGAGCAAGUCCGUCGGUUCGUCGAAACCCAACCCUGACAAAUCCCGCCCAUCCACCCUCUCUACCAAUGCCGAGGCCACCUCAGCUAAACGCCCUCCCCAGACCUCAGCAUUAGAACCUAAAAAAAAAAGCCCUGUUACAAAGGCAACCACACCCACUGCUUCUAAGCGGCCACCUGCUGGCUCUGCCAAGGCUGCUAAGACUCCAGAAGGUGGAUCAGCUGACAAACGCCCUCCUGUGCCAAAAGUGAUGCCCAACCAACAGUCGUCAGCCAAUAAGAGCAGCCCCUCUUCUGCAACUGGAAACAAAGCAGCAGCAAAUAAGAAUGAAAAGAACAGCAACAACAAGACAAGUGAGGCCAAGAAACCAAAAGCUACAGCUCGUCCUCGCACUGCCCCCACCACUACUCCUGCAACCCCUGCUGCGACUACCAACGGUGAAGCAGGAAACACUCAUCGCCGUCGCAUUAUAACCAAACCUCCUGUUCCGAAACUGUCUACCCUUGAGAAGAAACCACCGGUGCCGCGAGCUCCUCGGACCCCGAGGCCCAUUAAUGCCCCAACACCAGACCUGAAGAAUGUUCGGUCCAAGAUCGGAUCCAUUGACAACAUUAAGUACCAGCCUGGUGGGGGAAAGGUCUCUUCUACCCAGAACAACAAGACAUCAGACCCCUCCAACCCCGCCGCCAAGGCCAAAGUUCAGAUAGUGCACAAAAAGCUGGACUUCAGCCACAUCACGUCUCGCUGUGGCUCCAAGGACAAUAUCAAACAUGUCCCUGGAGGUGGCAAAGUGCAGAUCCUGAACAAAAAGGUUGACGUGAGCAAGGUGACGUCCAAAUGUGGCUCCAAGGACAACAUCAAACACAAGCCUGGCGGAGGCGAUGUUAAGAUUGAGUCUCAUAAAUUGAACAUCAAGGCUAAAUCCAAGAUUGGCUCGCUAGACAAUUUGGGCGCUGGCAAUGGACAAACCAAUGGACACAAGGAUGAGAAGGCAGAGAACAAAGCAUCGUCACCCCAAAGUAACACUCUGAUCACAGCAUCUGGAGGGGUCGCAAAGGAGAAUGGCGUGAAGGAAACAUGCCCAGCUCCCUUUGGAGGAGAUGUAAUGAGGGAGCCCCUGAGUGUAGACAGGCGAAAUUGAACGUCUGUGACGUAAAGAGUCUGGCGGGGCACGCACAGCACUUGCUGAUCUCCUGAUCGACCAACAAAAACUACCAACCUUGGUGUUCACUCUCCUCCGUUCCGCCCUACAUCACGCCCACCACUGCGCCAACCAUUCACUCAUCUGUGUCUCGCUGUGAUCUGCUUCCCGCCAGCGUUCCUACUACCACCGCGUGACAAAGAAAAGCAUCCGACGGUGUUCCUCUUGCAAGUGUUUUUAUUUUUGACAUGUUCAGUCCCACUAAAACACUUCAAAGGCAAUAAUCCCAUCACUGUAGAAGACACUUUAUGUAAAUCACUGAGUUUUCAAAUGCACAAACCUGAGUGGAAAACUACUGAAUUCUAAGUCACUUAAAAUGAAAUAACAGGGCCAUGCUGAUGAAAGACUGUUCCAUCCUUCAUACACUGACCACAGUAGGAGCAAUAUGUUUUACUCACAUGGCAUAGCUCACAAUACAUAUUGUCACACACUGGUUUAUUUGCCCAUAAUCUCUGUAGCGGCACUGUAAUUGACUGAUAACCCUCAAGAACUGAGCUGGCGGCUUUAAACAGCAACAUACAGGUCAGUCGAGGUGAAUAAGCUGUGAGUGAACCUAUAAUACCUUUGACAAAAGGUAUUUAAGAUCGAAGUACUUGAUUAGGAGGUGUACACUUUAACGCCAUUGAGUUGAAACACAUUGUUUUGCACUUUUCUCACUAUGUCAUGAAGAUGAAUACAUGUUUAGGUUUGCAGAGUAUUAGCAUAGGUCUGGGGUGUAGGUUUCGCACAAAGAUUCUGUCUUUUCUUUUCUGUAGUUGGCCAGAAACUGUCAUCAUCAGUCUUUCUAUCAACUCGAUCUUCAGUCGCAGUAUGUUACGCAGCUGGAUAUAUUUUCAGAACCCACAUUUCUCCUCAUGUGUCACUUCGCAGUGCCACUUCAAACCAUCCUGCUGCUGUAUUUUCUGUGGAAACUUGCCUCUAGUCUAGUGAAUGAAGCACACACGAGACAUAUGACACACAUAAUCACACGGAUAUCUGCACCCUAAAGUAUUUUGCUGUGAAUUAGAGCAACUGUGUGUAGACAGGAAAUAACUUUGUAACUCUGUGGUCAGUGUGAUAUAAAUGCAAAUGCCUAGUUGAGGUUCAUUCACUUAUAACAUUUGUCUAUUUGCCCUUUGUGCUUGGGUGAGUCUUUUGCAGACAAUGAUGGACAGAGAGGGACCAAAGACAGGGACACGGUGGUAGAAAACUAAUGUUGCAUUCAUGGCACGUCUGAAACGGAACUCAGGGCUGUCAAGGCGAGUUUAGCGACGACAUAGGCAUUGUAGUUAGAUGAGCAUUGAAUAUUUUUAGAGUUAGAUUGUUGAUACAUUUCAGCUAGUAAUCGAUGGACGCCAUGAAUGCAGCAAUAUUUUUACAGACAAAGGGAAGAAUCAUCAUUCACUUUUCUGAACAAUUGAAAUAGGGAAGUCGUUUUUAUAUGGAGAAAUGUUUUCCUUUGUUGUGCUAGAAUGUUGUAGGGUAGCCAGUUUCUUUUGUAGCCUUUCUGAUCUAUUCUUAUAGCUUAGCAUAACAAAGGCGUUUCAUUGCAAAACACUGUGAUGUGAUUUUGAUUUACAGGCCCAAACCGUAGUCGCAUGUAUAAGGGAGUGAAACCGGAGACCCUUCCAUUACCUGCUGUGAUUCUAUGCAUCAACAAGAUGUGCUCCGUGGCAUGUUGCCUGAGAGUUGUCAGAUGUGUGAAGUGUUGCUGCUUUAUAUAUCUUAGAGAGGGCGCUAUUUAGCCUCCUGAACACUGAUAGUCUGGCGCCAAAAGGCUCUAAAUUAAUGGCAAAUCGUUCACUACAAGCUUUAUUGGCACUUUGUGUAUGGAACACGUGUGUGGUAGUUUCCCUUAAACAGUCUUGUGCACUUUCAACACAGCUUGUUCAUCUAUCGAGGCACUACAGUGAAAUAAAGUUCCGUUACUGUAUGUUUGUCAGCUGUGUAACGUGUGCUUUUAGGAGUAAAACAAUCGGUGGUGGUGAGUUCAAUCGACAAAGAGCGAAGUCAACAAAUCAACGACAACAAAAAAAGUCCCAUUAUAGAAUAGAGAUGGUUUUCUAUGAGUUGCCUACAUGAUGUGUAGAAAAAAAUGUGAAUAUUAUUGGGGAAUUUAAAGCACUUUGAUAGGUGUGGCUUGUGAUACAUGUACAUAGAAAACAAGUGGUAGUUUUAAGUUGUCGAAGGUUGAGUGUGUGUCACCUCAAACUGGUGAGUGAGAUGGUGAAAAAAAAUACACAAUCGUUAAGGUCAACCUUGUGUAUGACAUUUUUGGUUGUUGGUGUUGUGCUACUGAUGGUACCACUAAAAAAGAUGUACUACGCAGGAACAUGAUGCUGACAAGGGUCAACUUGGAAGUUGAUGAGAAUAUGACAUCCAUCUGACUGGUGCACCAUCGAACACCUUCAAGCAGCACACGGGACAGCCCUUUCACUAGUACCUCGCACUCAUAUGUAUGUAUAUAUAUUGUGUUUUUAUCUGUCAAAUAAAAAAACAGGGUGUUCUGGAUGAACUUUUACUAUCAAUAAAUUGCUACUUAUGGCAAUAUUAAUAUUCUAAAAUACAAAAUUGAAGUGGAAACUUUGUCAUUCUGAGAGUGUUAAGAAUGUUCAAAAUGUGUUUGAGGUUUGUCUUUACUUUUCUCUGGCUCAUUGAUCACAAAAAAAGUUCAUAUAGAACUGAAGGUGUGUGUAUCAGUUACACAUAUGAAGCAAGAAGUUCAUAUAUAUGUACCAUUGGAACACCAUUUAUUUGUUUCCGGUUUAAAUGUAAGGCACCUACACAGGAUACACACCAGCCCGUCUUUCCCUGCCUCCACAGAGUGUCUCUGAUGUAGAAUGCUCUAGGGACCGCUCCUGUUGACACACUGACAUAUCUGCACACAAGAAUACACAAAUUUAUCUUGUCACAACAAACUAUCCUUGCUUUGUAAAAUGGGAUGAGAGAAAGUAAAAAAAACAACAUAAAUAUAUGCAAUAAUGUAAUGUGUAAUACAGCUUCACUUGGUAGAUAUAUAACCACUGAAGUACUCCUGUUAGUACUGAAGUCUUUUCACAAGAAACAGAGUUCAGAUCGUGUCACGGCACUGUUUGACUCAAUGAUUAUUCUUAAUAAGGCAUUGUUGUAUGCUUUUUGGUUAGACGAUUAAUAAAACUCAUUAUUAACUGGCAUAUGAAGAACAAUAAUGAACCUCUCACUGCAAUGGAGAAGGUUGUAUUGUGUAGCGAUGGGCACAACACCACGUCAGGAGCAUGCAGCGGAAGAGCAACUGGUUGUGGGAAAGACAUCUGUCCUUGUAGAUAGAGCUCAUUUCCUGCUUGAGGUCUGAAUAUAUCGAAUGAAAGAGAUGUUCAUUGUGACUAUUUGUUAACCAGUGAUGUGAAUAUUAAUCAUGAAAUAAAAAACAACAAAAACAUUGAGGAUCUGGAUGUUU